AUGUAUAAAAGCUCUAUAAAUACUGUAUUUAAACAAUAUAGAAGUUUAAAUCGUGUCAUGUCUACGAGUAUUAAAAGACAAAUAUGCCCAUCUGAGGUCGAUGGCCCAAUCGAACGUGUAAUGAUAACUAAGAUUGUUGAAAACUUGAAGCCAUCUUUAUUGAAGGUUUAUAAUGAUUCAGCUAAACAUUCCCACCACGCAGGUGUAAAGGACGCAGUGAAUAAAACAGAAUCUCAUUUCACGAUGGAGAUUGUAAGUGAUGAAUUUAUUGGUAAGUCCAUGCCGUCCAGACAUAGAAUUGUGUACCAGCUUUUGGAUGAUGAAUUCAAAAAUAAGGGCCUUCAUGCAUUAACGAUGAAAACUAAGACCGCUGAAGAAAUUAAUAGACAAGCAAAUAAAUAA